CAGGAAACGGUGCACAUCCCGGCUUAUGCCAGUCUUCGGAAGGAAGCUCAUCACCUCCUUGGACUUCCACUGGAGCGAAUCUCAAUAAUCUUUCACACGGCUAACUCACUUUUAUCCUUUCACCAGCUGUUUUGAUUUACUCUCAACAGCAGGUUACCUGGAAGUGGUUGGUGGGGAGGAGAACAAAUGAAAAAGAAUCCAGGAGAAACGGGAUGAGCGAGAUAGAGAGCAAGACCCAGGAGAUUCCUCAUGCAAAAUGGAAGUCCUCAUUCCGCCUGCUUGUGAUUUGAACGGAACAAAGGCAUCGUAGCCUAAGACGGCCGCAUCAUCCGUGUUUUGCCCUGUGUGGCCUGCCUCUAUUUAUCUCAGUCGGAGUCAUGGUCUUAAUCUGAACACAAAAUAAAUCCUCUUUAAUCCUUCCCCCCCACAGCCUUCUGCUAGUGACAUCUAAUUCAUAACAUCCCAUUGUCAUGGAGAAGACGUACUCACUAACCGCGCACUAUGAUGAGUUCCAGGAAGUGAAAUACGGCGGCCGCUACAGCAGUGACAUCCUCAGUAAUGGUAUGACCCUUCACUUGGGCGGCAGCCUGGACCGUCACAUGGCGUGUGGGCGGGGAGGCACCUGGGCAAAUGGUCGCAGCAAAGAUGCGAGCAGCACUAGCAGCAAUGGAGGUCUCCCCCGAUGGAGCCGAAGGGAGAUAUGCCUCCUUUCGGCUUUAGUCUUCGCAGCCGGCAUGUGUGUCAUUUUGGGAAGCAUGCUAGCACUGAAAUACAUUUCCUUGGAGGCCCAGCAGGAUCCCCAGUGCAGGCAAGACUGCCAGCGGAGACGCGUACUGUUGCGGGCAGCGCGCUUUGUGCAGGCCAAUAUUGACCCCACCAUCCAGCCAUGCCAGGACUUUUACUCAUUCGCGUGUGGAGGCUGGCUGAGGCGUCACGCAAUCCCAGAGGACAAGCUCAGCUAUGGAAUCAUUACAGCCAUAGGAGAGAACAAUGAAGAGAAACUGCAACGCAUCCUUCUGGAGCCAAUUCAGAGGCGAGAGCCCAACUCGGCAGAGCGCAAGGUUAAGGAGUUUUAUAGAUCGUGUGUCAACAUCCAGGAGAUUGACAAACUGGGUUCCGACCCCAUGAUCGAGGUGAUAGACAGCUGUGGAGGGUGGGAUCAGAUUGGGGCCCCUCCUGGUGCUGCUGGCUGGGAGAAAGAGGGUGCCCCACAAAGACCAGAUUUCAAUGAACUGCUUUAUAGGACGCAGGGCGUGUACAGCACUGCUGUGUUCUUCUCUCUUACUGUGAAUGUGGAUGACAAAAACUCUUCUCGGAAUGCAAUCAGGAUUGACCAGGAAGGACUCACGCUGCCUGAGAGAAGCCUUUACUUGGGUCAGGAUGAGGACAGUGUCAAGAUCUUGGCAGCAUACAAGGCCCUGAUGGAGCGCUUACUAAGCAUGCUGGGAGCUCACAACGCUACACAAAAGUCCAAGGAGAUUAUACAGCUGGAGACUCGUCUAGCCAACAUCACCGUGUCAGAAUAUGAUGACCAAAGAAAGGACGUCAGCACGAUGUAUAACCGCAUUACACUCAGGCAGCUACAGCGCACCGCUCCUGGUCUUCACUGGAAACGCCUGCUGGAUAAAAUUUUCCAUGACAACAUCUCUGAAGACGAGGAGAUAGUGGUGCUUGCUACAGAUUACAUACAAAAAGUGUCUGAUAUUAUCAAGACCACAUCAAAAAGGGUUCUCCAUAACUACAUGCUGUGGCGCAUUGUGGCAGCGCUAAGUGAACAUCUGUCCACCGCCUUCCGAAGCACCAUCCAUGAGUUUUCUCGGGAGAUUGAUGGCACUGAGCAGCAGCUGGAGCUGGGCAGAAUGUGCCUCACGCAGGCCAACAAACACUUUGGCAUGGCUCUGGGAGCUCUUUUUGUCCAGCAGCACUUCUCCUCACAGAGCAAGGCGAAGGUGCAAGAGUUGGUGGAGGAUAUAAAGCAUUCCCUGGACCUGCGGUUGCAGGAGCUUGACUGGAUGGAUGAAGCCACCAAAGAGGCAGCCAGAGCAAAGCUGAAGUACAUGAUGGUCAUGACAGGAUACCCAGACUUCCUGAUCAAACCUGAGCUCAUAGAUCGAGAAUACGGGUUUGACGUGGACGAGAAAACCUACUUCAAGAACAUUCUUAACAGCAUCAAAUUCAACAUUAAGCUGUCAGUCAAGAAGAUUCAUGAAGAAGUAGACAAGACAGUGUGGAUUCUCCCCCCACAGGCCCUAAAUGCCUACUACCUACCUAACAAGAACCAAAUGGUUUUCCCAGCCGGCAUCCUUCAGCCCACUUUGUACAACCCUGAAUUCCCACAGUCUUUGAACUAUGGAGGUAUAGGAGCAAUCAUUGGCCAUGAACUAACUCAUGGGUACGAUGACUGGGGGGGACAGUAUGAUCGCCACGGCAACCUCCAACAAUGGUGGACUGAGGACAGUUACAGAAAGUUCCAGAAGAAGACUGAAUGCAUCGUGAAACUCUAUGAUAAUUUCACAGUUUACAAUCAGAGGGUUAACGGUCGCUUGACUCUGGGGGAGAACAUUGCAGACAUGGGAGGACUCAAGCUGUCAUACUAUGCAUAUCAGAAGUGGGUGAGAGAACACGGCCCAGAGAGACCCCUACCAGGGCUCAAAUAUACACAUGAACAACUCUUCUUCAUUGCCUUUGCACAGAACUGGUGUAUGAAGAGAAGAUCUCAGUCUAUUUACUUGCAGUUGUUAACGGAUAAACAUGCACCGGAACACUACAGGGUGAUUGGCAGCGUUUCUCAAUUCAAUGAGUUUUCCCGCGUUUUCCACUGUCCGAAGGGUACCCCCAUGAAUCCUGUUGACAAAUGUUCUGUAUGGUGAUGAUCCUGUUAAGGCUUCUGUUGGACUCACACACACACGACCACCUCUAAUUCGUCACAGGAAAAUGGACCACAUUCAUCCUAACUGAGGAUAAAAGUUCAUCUUUUCACUUUCAUGAGUGUAAGAAAUAUAGAAUUAAUGAUGCUCAUUAAGUCAUCAGCCAAAGAAAGCAUUGUCUACUAACCACAUUAGUCUCAUUAUUCAUACACAUUACAUGUAUUAUUGAUGAUAUCUAUAUUUUUCUAUAUUUUUUAAUUGAUUCAUUUUGUUCAAAUCAUCUAUUUUUCUAUUACAGCAAAUCUAUGAGAACCAUAAUGUAUUUCAUGCAGGACCUUUUUUUUUUUUCUAACUUGAGUAACGUUUUUUUUUUCUUUUCUUUUCUUUUCAAUAAUUUAUCCUCUGAUGCAUUGAUUAGAAAAUUCCCAGCGUACCACAAGAGGUCGAGGGGGGAUUUCACUGCAGAUUGAAGCAGGUUUUUUUCUCAACUGCAAUGACUGCAUUGUUUUUGCGUGGCUAAAUGUUGCCUCUCUCUCAGUUCGGUACUGUAUUCAAGUUGACUCUUGCUCUUGUGAUUUAGAGCACAAAGCUCACCGUCACGACUGUUGUAUCGUUUGCCUGCGUUGUUCUCUUGUUACAGUAUUUGUACCUUUUUAAGCGCUGUUAAGUGUUGUAUUUUUUUUGUAAAAGGAAAAUUCAUUAUUGUCGUUUUUUCUCAGGAAAUGUAGCGCCAAAAGUCAGUACAACUCUCACCUCUUCACUCAAAUUAAACGAUUGGUAUUUGUAAAUAAAAAGAUACCGACUGGACUUUUAAACUUGGAUGUACCAGAGAAGCUGACAUUCAGUAGUAAUAACAGACCCAUUAACAAAGAGAAAAGCAGUAGAUUUGAUGUAGACAGUUUAUGUUGAACUCUUCGAACAACAAAAUACAACAUCGUACUUGCAGAGCGCACUGAAACAAAUUUUGGUGGCAGUGUUGUUUUAAAGAAAACGCUUUUGUAAACCAAAUGUGAGUCGGGUGUUAUCGUUGUAUGGUUAGUUUUGACAACAAGAGCAUGUUCCCUCCCUUUGAUACUUAACACCACAGAGCUCAAACAAACGCAUAACUCAUUCACCCAAAACAUGACUGUACAGCUGCUAAUUCACAUGUUGGCUAUCGCUUCCUCUCAAUGGUUGCUGUUCAAUGUUUGAAUAAAUACAAUCAAAUUCCGGUGUGACGUUUGUGUAGCUUUGGGUUAUUAUCGGUGUGUUAUCAGUGUGUGUGCCCACAGUCGUGAUCCUCUGGCAGCGGCCAAGCUCUAUCUCAACCACCUAACAGCUGAUAGGGGACCUCUCUUUAUCAGGUACGACAGUUACUUUC